UUGUGUGAAGUGAAGGCUGAGUGGUGCGGGGAGGCAGUGAUCGGGGGGGAAUCACCAUGCUCUUCUCCCGGGAUAUACCAUGGCGGCGGCUGCGGGACAUCAGCUUCGGGAUCUACAGCUCAGAGGAGCUCAGAGAGCUGAGCGUGAAGGCGAUAACCAAUCCACAGUACAUGGACAAAAUGGGCAACCCCAUGAUCAACGGCUUGUACGACCUCGCUCUGGGCCCUGCAGACAACAAGGAAGCAUGUGGUACUUGUGCACAGGAUUUCCGCAGUUGCCCGGGACACCUCGGCCACAUCGAUCUGCCGCUAACAGUGUAUAAUCCGCUGCUGUUUGAUAAACUCUACCUGUUAGUGCGGGGCUCCUGCUUUCACUGCCAACUUCUGACAUGUCCCCGAUCCGUCAUCCAUCUGCUGCUCAGCCAGCUGAAGGUCUUGGAACGUGGAGCCCUCAAAGAAGUGCACGAGCUGGAGGCAGUUCUUAGUCGGUUUUUGGAAGCAAAUUCUGCUGCCACCGGUAAUGAGAUUCAAGCAGAGUUGGAAACUUUCACCAGAACAGUGCUUAAAGCGUAUCCACUGAAGAAGGCUGGGUCCGGGGCCUUUGUGAAAAACAUCUGUGUGGUCCGAAACAAACUAAUUUCCGAUUUCUGGAGGACACAAAUGGCAUCUAAGAAAUGCCCAAACUGCAAGUCCGCAAAAUCUACAGUACGAAAAGAACACAACAGCAAGCUGACGAUGAUAAUAUCUCCAAACAUGCAGAAGGAUAAGGCUGAGGAGCCCCAAAAAGGUGACAUUAGGGCUCUUGAUACCUCCGGUUUGCCGAAACGAGGUUACCUGACUCCCAGCACUACAAAGGAACACAUAGAGGCCGUGUGGGAAAAUGAAGGCUUUUUCUUGAACUGCCUCUUUCCUGGACUGGGGAGGGACAAGGACUUCUCUCCAGACAUCUUUUUCCUGGAUCUUGUGGUGGUUCCUCCAGCUCGCUUCCGGCCCAUCAAUCGUAUGGCAGAUCAGAUGUUCACGAAUUGGCAGACAGUUAAUCUGCAGGCAGUACUGAAAGAUGUGUCGAUGAUACAGAAGCUUCUGGCCGUCAUGGCGGAAGAGCAGGCAAAGCCGCCAGAAGAAACGGAAACCAGCCUGGAAGAGAGUGAGCCAGCUCAAGUCAUUGAUCGCGCCUUCUUGGCCCAGAUGCCAGGGCUGACCCAUACAGACAAGCUGUACAAUGCCUGGAUCCGAUUACAGAGUCAUGUUAACAUUGUGUUUGACAGUGAUAUGGACAGACUGAUGACAGACAAGUUCCCUGGAAUCCGGCAGAUCCUGGAGAAGAAAGACGGUCUGUUCCGGAAACACAUGAUGGGAAAACGUGUGGACUAUGCUGCACGCUCUGUCAUCUGCCCAGACAUGUACAUCAGCACCAAUGAGAUUGGAAUUCCAAUGGUGUUUGCUACAAAACUGACCUACCCCCAGCCUGUUACGGCAUGGAAUGUGCAGGAACUGAGACAGGCUGUUAUGAAUGGGCCUAAUGUCCACCCCGGAGCCUCCAUAGUGGUCAGCGAAGACAGCUCACGUACAAUAUUGAGCUCCACUGACGCUGCACAGAGGGAGGCCAUUGCAAAGCAGCUUCUUACUCCAUCCACCGGUGUGCAGAGGUUGACCUCCAAGAUUGUGUAUCGCCAUGUGAAGAAUGGGGACGUCCUGCUGCUGAACCGACAGCCCACCCUACACAGACCGUCCAUACAAGCCCACAAGGCCCGGAUCCUUCCAGGGGAGAAGGUCCUGAGGCUGCACUAUGCCAACUGCAAGGCCUACAAUGCUGACUUUGACGGGGAUGAAAUGAACGCUCACUUCCCUCAGAGUGAACUAGGCCGGGCAGAAGCCUACACUUUAGCCUGUACUGAUGAGCAGUACUUGGUGCCUAAGGAUGGGACCCCUUUAGCAGGCCUGAUCCAGGAUCACAUGGUGUCCGGGGCAAGUAUGACCAUCCGGGGUUGUUUCUUCACCAGAGAACAGUACAUGGCGCUGGUCUACAGGGGGCUGACGGAUAAAAUUGGCUGGGUGAAAACCCUCCCACCAGCAAUCAUGAAACCAUGCAAAUUAUGGACAGGAAAGCAGGUAGUUUCUACGUUACUUAUCAACGUAAUUCCAGAUCAUCACAUCCCUCUAAACUUGACAGGAAAGGCAAAGAUUGGUGGGAAGGCGUGGGUGAAGGCCCCAUCCAGGCCAGUACCGGGUUUCAAUUCCGAUUCCAUGUGCGAGUCUCAGGUUAUCAUUCGUAGUGGAGAGCUGCUGUGCGGAGUCUUGGACAAAGCUCACUAUGGCAGCUCAUCCUUCGGACUCGUUCACUGCUGCUAUGAACUGUAUGGCGGAGAGAUCAGCGGAAAAUUACUCACCUGCCUGGCUCGUCUCUUUACCGCUUACUUGCAGCUUUACCGUGGCUUUACCAUGGGAGUGGAGGACAUUCUGGUUCGUCCCUACGCUAAUGUCAAACGACAGAAGAUCGUGGAACGUUCUACACAUUGUGGUGGACGGGCUGUCAGAGCUGCCUUCAAUCUCUCAGAUAUAGCUACAGAUGAGGAGACCCAGGGGAAGUGGCAGGAUGCCCAUCUAAACAAAGACCAGAGGGACUUUAACAUGGUGGAUUUGAAAUUCAAGGAAGAAGUUAAUGGAUUCAACAAUGAAAUCAAUAAGGUGUGCAUGCCUCUUGGUCUCCACAGACGCUUCCCAGAGAAUAAUUUGCAGCUGAUGGUUCAGUCUGGAGCCAAAGGAUCAACCGUGAAUACAAUGCAGAUUUCCUGUUUGCUGGGUCAGAUCGAGUUGGAAGGUCGGCGACCGCCACUGAUGCCGUCGGGGAAGUCUUUGCCCUGUUUCCAACCCUACGACUUCUCACCACGAUCUGGUGGUUUUGUGACCGGUCGCUUUCUCACUGGCAUCAAACCCCCGGAAUUUUUCUUUCACUGUAUGGCUGGGAGAGAAGGCUUGGUGGACACUGCUGUGAAAACAAGUCGUUCUGGAUACCUGCAGAGGUGUGUUAUUAAACACCUGGAAGGACUAGUGGUCCAAUAUGAUCUCACAGUCCGUGACAGCGAUGGCAGCGUGAUUCAAUUUCUAUAUGGAGAAGAUGGACUGGAUGUCCCCAAGACGCAGUUUCUACAGCCAAAGCAGUUCCCAUUCAUUGCUGAGAAUUAUGAGGUUAUAAAAAAGUCAAAGCGUUUGGAUGAGGUCUUGUCAAGGAUGGACUCUGAGCAAGCAAGUCGACAAAGCCACGCCAUAAGGAAAUGGAAAUCCAAGCACCCCGCACCCUACCAGAGGCUGGGAGCUUUCUUGUUGUACUCCCAGAAGAAGAUGGCGGCUGUUAGGGCCCUGUAUGGCACUGAGCAGUAUGAGAACGGCAGGGAGCUGGCUGCCAAGCAGCUGAUGGAGAUUUGGUACUCCUUGGAUGAAAAGUCUCAGAACAAAUACAAGAAACGGGCGUCUCAUCUGCCUGACCCUUGCUUGGCAGUCUUCCGGCCACAUCUGUAUUUUGGAUCUGUAUCUGAAUCGUUCCAAGAGAAAGUGGAUCAGUACAGCCGUCAGGUCGACACGGAGGAAAGCAGCGGUUACUACGAGUCCAACGUUCCAGCUGAUCGAUUGAGGACAUUGCUGCAGCUGAAGUGGCAGAGAGCACUGUGUGAUCCUGGAGAGGCAGUGGGGCUUCUGGCAGCUCAGAGCAUCGGGGAGCCGUCUACUCAGAUGACGCUGAACACCUUUCACUUUGCCGGCAGAGGAGAAAUGAAUGUCACAUUGGGUAUUCCCAGGCUUAGAGAAAUUUUGUUGAUUGCCAGCUCCAAUAUUAAAACUCCUAUGAUGCGAGUUCCAGUCCUACCCAUCAGGAGAGCCAUAAAGAGGGUGCAGGCCCUGAAGAAAAGGCUCACUCGAGUGUGUCUCUCAGAGGUGAUUCAUAAAAUGGAUGUGGAGGAAACCUUCCGGAUAGAGGAGAGGUCCCAAAAAUAUCAAGUGUACAAACUCAAGUUCCACUUCCUACCAUACGAGUAUUACAGACAGGAGAAAUGCACGAGACCUGAAGACAUUCUCCGCUUCAUGGAGACCAGGUUUUUAAAAAUAAUGGUUGAAACCAUUAAGAAGAGAAGUGCAAAGCUUGCCUCCUACAGGGAGGUUACUGCCCGUAAAGCAACGCGGAAAGAUAUGGAUGAAGGAGCUGAGGGUUCUGGACAGCAGGAGAGCCAGGAGGCAGAAAAUGAAGAACAAGAUAUUGUGGACGCCGAGGCCGAUGAAGGAGAUGCAGAUGCUACUGAUGCGAAGAGAAGAGAGAAACAGGAAGAAGAGGUAGAUUACGAAAGUGAAGAGGAGGAGACCCCGGUGGACGAAGAGCAACAGGAUGAGGAGAACACGCCUCAACAGGAGGAACUUGAAGACUCCCGGGAGCUCAAUGAAGAGGAACCCACUUCAUUACCCUCCCCAGCAUCCAGAAAGAAUAAAAAACAAACAGGCCUCACCAAAGAAGUGUUGGCAGAGAAUCGGAUCAAUGAUGUCCUGAACCUCCACGAUGCAAUUGAAGAGUAUUCGUAUGAUACAGACAAGAGCCUGUGGUGUGAGGUCACUGUGAAACUGCCAUUAAUGAAGGUUCACUUUGAUAUCUCGUCUCUCGUGGUGACAUUAUCACGCAAUGUUGUUAUUCAUGAGACAAAGGGAAUAGCUCGAUGUCUCCUUAAUGAAGCCACCGACAAGCAUGGGGAGAAGGAGCAGAUUCUCAAUACGGAGGGGAUAAACCUUCAGGAGCUCUUCAAAUAUUCUGAUAUACUCAACCUGAAACGGCUUUAUUCAAAUGACAUUCAUGCAAUGGCACACACAUAUGGCAUAGAGGCUGCCUUGAGGGUAGUCGAAAAAGAAAUUAAAGAUGUGUUCGCCGUUUAUGGUAUUGAGGUGGACCCUCGUCACCUCUCCCUUGUAGCAGAUUACAUGUGCUUUGAAGGAACAUAUCGUCCCCUCAAUCGCUUCGGCAUGCAGUCCAGCUCCUCUCCUUUCCAGCAGAUGACAUUUGAGACCAGCUACAAAUUUCUGAAGGAUGCCACCAUGGCAGGUGCGAAGGACGAUCUCCAAUCCCCAUCUGCGUGUCUGGUAGUUGGAAAAGUUGUGAAAGGCGGCACGGGAUUGUUUGACCUUAAACAGCCAAUGAAGUGAAUCUCCCGGCCGCCUGCCAAAGGACUAACAGACAGUGCCUUAUACAGCCUGCCAAGACUCCAGCAGCUGUUCUCUCUCUCUAUAGACUUUCAUUACACGUUCUCUCUUGGCUGCUGGAGACCCGAGGGCGGUCUCUGGAGUCCGCCGGAUCUGGAUAUUCCUCGCCGCUGUGUUUAUGCCAGACCCAAAAGGUCACCACUUACACCUUGGAGACUUGUCCAUGAAAAGUAACGAUUGGAAGGGAAUGGCAUUCCCCGACCUGAGGCCUUGUAAAUGUUUACACAUGUAAAAUAAAGUCUGCGCUCUGG